UGUAUUUUGUUUUUGUUUGUUAUUGUUUGAAAAAUCUCAGAAAUUUGACACACCUUUGUUUUUUUUUGACAAGUUGUUUUUCGACUGGCCAACAAUGACAAAGCCGAUCGACCGACAGCUGCAGCGGACCACUGCAUUGCGCAAUGCUGGCACAGAGAGCAAGCUGACGAAGGAGAAGGAGAAGCACAAGGAGCAGAAGAAGCAGGACGCGACGCGCCCAAGUCCAGCGCCACGAGCAGCAACGCCGCCAAGCAUUGGAUCUGGAGCUAAACCGCAAGAGAAGCAGACUGCAUCGACGGCGGCUGUUGCGGUGGCUGCGGAGGCGAAACAUGUGCCUGGACUGAAGGGGCUCAAACGCCAAGAGCGCGCUGCGAGCCGGAGACUGCGGCAGGCGAUCGCCAAGUACAGGACAUCGCCAGAAACCAAGCAGCCGUCGCGGAGAGAGCGGAAAGAUGCAGCCACACAUUUGGCGUACACUCCGACAGCUCCGAGGCGCGGAUCGCUGGAGUAUCUGGUGACCAGAAUUAUCCGGGAAGCCGUCGUCGGACAGGACACAAGGCUUCUGCAGCUCGUCAUCGAUGCGCAACCCGUCGUCCAGCAUGCGGCGUACGAUUCCAGCUAUCGAGUCAAUGUGAAUUCGUGGCUGGCGGACGACCACGCUCCUCCGAGAGGCGAAACAGCCCUGCAUCUCGCCGCUCGUCUGGGCAACAUGGAGGCCCUCGAGGUGCUGCUGUCGUGCCAUGACAGUGGACACCACGCGUACGAUCCGGUCACACGCGUGCUUAUGCGGGAUCCGCGCUAUUCCCCCUCCAUGCUCCAGGGCGGCGUCAAAGCCGUGCCUGUUCUCGACCAUCCCGCUCUGCUGGGCUUGACGCUCAAGCCAAGUCUCAUGCCGCGCGACUUGGUGCACUUGAAUGCCAUUUCGAGUGGUGGCGCUACUCCGCUGCUACUCGCGCUGACGGCGGGUCAAUCGGCGGCCGCGCGUCGGCUGAUAGAGUGCGGAGCAAAUGUCGAUGCCACCGACUUGUCCGGCUUGGCCCCAGUGCAUUGCGUCGCAAAACGGGGUGACCUCGAGCUCUACCGUCUUUUGCGACAGCACGAUGCCAAGCGCUGGGUGUGCACGCGAACGUCAAAGUCGUCGCCUUUGCACAUGGCCGUGGCGCAUGAUGCCGCUCUUCCCAUCGUGCAAGAUCUGGCCGACAUGCGAGUUGUGCUGCUCGGGAAGGACUCGCGCAGUCGCUCGGCGCUCAUGAUAUCAGCCGAAAGGGGUCGGGCAGACUAUGUGUCGGCGCUUCUCGCGCUUGGCGCCCUCGGCAACGCCGUGGAUCACCAAGGUGACGAUGCCAUGAUGAUGGCCAUUCGCAGCGGGCAUCGCGACGUUGCAUGGACUCUGUUGACGGUCGGGAAGUGCUCCCCGCAUACCAGCAACAAGUCUGGAAUCACUGCUCUCCAUCUGGCUGCUCGCGCGGGCGACGCACGUCUGGUGGCGGAGCUGCUGCGCCGACAGGCGAAAGCGCAUGCUGUUGAUCAAAAGCGACACACCCCAUUGCACGCCGCCUGCAGUCCAAUGCCGAAUGUACCGAUUGCCGAUUCCGUGACAGUGCUCAAGACGCUUCUAGCCGCGCCCACAACAAACCCAGAAGCGCGAGACAGCGACGGAAACACGGCUGCCGAUGUCUGCUUCAACCGAGUGCUGAAGGAUGCCCUGGUGGAAGCCAUCCGCGAUCGUCCCGUUGGCCCGGUCACCAGCAGCAGCAAACCCGCCGCCAGCGUCUCAAAUCCUCAAGCGCGGCUGCAGCAGAUGGCCUUGCUCCGUGACGUGCGUGAAACCCAGGCCAAGGUCGCUCGUCAAAUCUACUAUGAGAAAAUGAGCCAAUCGGAGAGCUAUGCUCGACUCCGCCAAGCCGCAGACAAAAAGUUCACCCUUCCUUCUGCGCCGCAAAAUUCCGCGACGUUGUCUCGGCCGUCGAGUGAGGGGGUUUCAGCCAGCCCACCAAAUCGCAACAACUCCAAAGUGCCCAACCCCACUGCUCUGCCCCCUCGGCGCUCCUUCAGCACGUUGGUAUUGCGACAAUUGCUGUAUCGAUGCCCUCGCGUGCUUUAGACUCUUGUUUGAAAUCAAUUGUUGUCAAAAGUACGUUACGUUUCUCAGU